AUGUCUAAUAACACUUGUGAUGCCAUAAGGCAUAAAACUAAAAGGUUCAGCUUUAAGAGAAAGCUGUUUAAUUCGAAUCAAAAUAGAAACGAGCCAAAAAGAGAGACAAAAAAAGAUGUGAAAAAAGAGACGAAAGUGCAUGACUACCAGGAACCUCAAGAACAUCACGGAAAGUCAGAGGUUGGUUUUCACAAUAAACCAAAAAAGGUAGAUGAUAAAAUUAAUCACGAUCAUAAUGAGCAAACUGAAACAAUAACACAAGAUGAUAAUUCUAAAAUGCCGGACGGUUUUGAAAACAAAGCAACGCAAACAAGAAUUUGUUGUAUUCAUAACCACUGCAAGAGAAAACAGCGAAAACGAAACGGAAAUUUUUUUCCCGAAGCGUGGUCUUGUUUAACAAAUUUGUGUAAAUAA